AUGAGGCCGGAAGCGAAUGCUGGCAGAACCUGGGGCUGCGCUCCUGAGCAGCAGCCGGGAAACGGCACGGAGCGGGUGACCGAGUUCGUGCUGGUGGGAUUCUCCAGCGUCCCGCACCUGAGGCCCACGCUCUUCGCGCUCUUCCUGCUCACCUACCUGGUCACCCUGGGCGGCAACGCCACCAUCAUCGCCCUCAUCCACGCCGACCGCAGCCUGCACACGCCCAUGUACCGCUUCCUGGCCGUGCUGUCCCUCUCCGAGACCUGCUACACGCUGGUCACCAUCCCCAACAUGCUGGCGCACCUGCUGCUGCGCAGCCAGGCCAUCUCCAUCGCGGGCUGUCGCGCGCAGAUGUUCUUCUUCCUGGGCCUGGGCUGCAGCCACUGCUUCCUGCUGACCCUCAUGGGCUACGACCGCUCGGUCGCCAUCUGCCGGCCGCUGCGCUACGCGCUCAUCAUGAGGCCGUCGGUCUGCCUCGGCCUGGGGGCCCUGGUGUUUGGCGCCGGCUUCUCCGUGGCCUUGACCGAGACCUGCCUGGUCUUCUGGGCGCCCUUCUGCGGCGGGCGGCGCGUGGAGCACUUCUUCUGCGACAUCGGCCCGGUGCUGCGGCUCAGCUGCGCCCAGAGCGCGCGCCGGGCCCUGGCCAUCUUCUUCCUGAGCGUCCUGGUGGUCCUGGUCUCCUUCCUCCUCAUCCUCCUGUCCUACGCCUUCAUCGUGGCCGCCGUCGUGCGCAUGCCCUCGGCCGCCAGCCGGCGCAAGGCCUUCUCCACCUGUGCGGCCCACCUCACCGUGGUGGUGGUGCACUUCGGCUGCGCCUCCAUCAUCUACCUGCGCCCGGACUCGGGCGGCCACCCGGCCCGGGACCGCCUGGUGGCCGUGUUCUACACGGUGGUGACGCCGCUGCUGAACCCCGUCGUGUACACGCUACGCAACCAGGAGGUCCGCGUGGCGCUGCGCAGGACGUUGGCACGCACCUGCCGGCCACCUAAAUAA